GCUUUGCACAUUACUAAAAGAGCAGCAAAAGAAUUUUAUGGAGCUAUAUAUCUGAUCUACCCUACUAGCAUUUUAUGCCUCUUAAAUGCCCCCCUUAUCUUCUACAUCUUCCAGCAGGCAAAGCAAAACUAUAUUUAAAGACCAAACCUUUUUGGUGUCCACCAACAAAUAUAAUAAUAUACAGAAGUUGCAGAAAGUUUUUUAAUGCAGCUGCUUCAGACAAAUACAUAUUGUCUUUUUUUAAGUAGAGAUCUGUGCUGUGCUUCAUGACUCUAUAUAUACAUAUAUCAAUGAGCACUCAAAAGGGGAAAGUCCCACAAACCAACCAUCAGUACUCUCGUAAAAUUCCCAACUCUAAAUUUUCUUCUCCUUCUCCGCAUCAGCCUCUGAACAUGAGAGUAUUCUUCCAGUCUGAUCAUUUACCAAUCCCUCUGGGUUGCUCCACCGAUGGCAAUCCAGGGGCUUCUGAUAUACCAUCUUCUGCUUUCUGUACAAUGAAAGGUUGCAUGAGCUUUGCACAGGGUGAUGAUUACGAUUUUAAUAGCUUAUCUGGUUCUCAGGCGACAGAAACUCUUGGUCUUCAAUCAACUGUAAAAUCAGAGAGCAAUAAGAAUCUAACCAUUAAAGAAACGAUGUGUCAAGAUUUGCAUCCUCAUUCAUCAGGGGGCGAUCUCUUUCUUCCUAUACUGCAAAAGUCUGCAAAUGAAUUGAAUCAACCCAACCAAAGCCAUAUUAAUUUCAAGAAUCAUCAGAACUGUGAGAAUGGUUAUCAAUUAUUCAGCUCUCAAUUUACCAAACCGAUCAACUACAACUUCAAGCCGGCAGCCAAGCAGCCCAAGCACCCUUGUUAUGGCAUAGUCUCCGCUAAUAGCAAAUCUGUUACAUCAGGACCAGCAGGUACAUGCAAAACGCGUAUUAGAUGGACUAAAGAUCUUCAUAAGCGAUUCGUUGAAUGUGUAGAUAUUCUUGGAGGACCUGUAAAGGCUACUCCGAAGUUGAUUCUUAAGCUUAUGGGGGUUGAAGGAUUAACAAUCUUCCAUGUUAAAAGUCACUUGCAGAAAUAUCGCAUUUCCAGGUAUAUUCCAAAAUCAACAGAAGGAAAAACUAACAGGAAUCUUACAAAUACAAUAGCACUUGACCCAAAAGCAGGCAUGCAGAUUGCUGAAACGCUAAGAAUGCAGAUAGAUGUCCAGAAACGCCUACAAGAACAGUUGGAGUCUAAUCUGUCCCAGAUACAAAGAAAUUUACAGUCUCGGAUUGAAGAACAAGGGAGGCAACUCAGAAAGAUGUUAGACCUGCAACUAGUGACUAACAAGACUCUCACAGAAACCAAAAACUCGUCAGAUUUAGCGUUCCAAGAAGAUCCAUCAAAUGAUCCUAUAGAAGGACUAGGGGAUUUCCACUAACAAUCCAAUACAAGUAUACAUGUUGAGCAUCUUCUGCAUGUUUGUUAAUUAAUUAUUCAUUAUGUUAAUUGAAACUUGAAAGAGAUGUGUGAAGCCUUGCAGUAACAACUAUCAAUUUUUUUGACACAAACAGAUACUUCUAAUAUCUUUAAUUUAGCAUUAGCUUGACAGCAUGUAUGGAUGCAUGGGUGCUUCUUGCCAAAUAAUAUCCUUAACUUGGAAAGA